AUGUCGUCCUUCAACCCGCCGCCUGGCCCUCCCCCACCAUCGGUUCCGGAGGGCUGGAAGGCACAAUAUGACGAGAGAUAUCAGACAUGGUUCUAUAUCAAUAUUGCAACCGGAAAAUCACAGUGGGACCCGCCGCAGGCUCCUCCACCGAGUGCUGACGAUUCUCCCCCGAGCGAGCCUCCGCCGUCAUACAACCAGACUGGCCCUGCCGGCCCAGGGGUGACAGGUGCAAUAGGAGAUAAAAAGCAGCCCAUGGCGUCCAACAAUCCAUACAAUCCGGCAAAUGGCUCUCAGAGUCGUGACAGCCCAAGUAUGAUUGACGAAGACGCACGGCUUGCAGCCAAGCUUCAGGCCGAGGAAGAUGCGCGCGGGGGAAGCGGGGAUAGCAGGGGUCCGACGGCGGGUACCGCGGCAGACUACUACAGUAAUCCGUCCCAGCCACCGUUAGCAGGCGCCGGAUAUUCCCCCGGGCCCUCUUCCCAGAGUCCCAUGCCGGAGCAAAAACGAAGCAAGGGCGGUUUUCUGAGCAAACUGAUGGGCAAAAGCUCCGGAAGCAGCUCACGACCGUCGCAGCCGCAGUAUGCCUCAUACCCUCAGCAGCAGCCCGGUGGAUAUUACGGUGGCUACUCUCAGCAAUCAGCUCCACGCCCUGGAUACGGUUACCCCCAGCAAGGAUACGGAGGCUAUCCGCCCCAGGCAGGCUACUAUCCGCAGCAGCCCCUUCCCAGAAAAUCCGGAGGUAUGGGAACUGCAGGUGCAGCCGCUCUAGGUGUGGGUGGAGGAUUGCUCGGUGGGAUGCUCCUCGCCGAUGCGGUGGAAGAUAUGGGCGAUCAUCAAGAUUACGAUAACGGCGGUUAUGACGGUGGAGGUGGUGGCUGGGAUGAUGGCGGUGGUGGUGAUUUUGGCGGAGGAGAUUUCUAA